ACUGUGAAAGCCACUGAGCCGUUUUCACCGAUGGCUGCGAUCGGCGGCAGAGGGAGGAGGAGUAGAGCCGUUAUGUGAGAGCGUGACUGGGACAAAGGAACAGCGAUAUCUCGUCAACGCCUUGUGUCGGUUGCAAGACCCGAAUAAGACUGUCCGGGCCCCGCGUUAGGAGAUCCGGUCUUUGUCCAAGGCAGGGGCCCAGGGUAUGCAAAAUAGAGGAUUUGAGGUCAGGAUACUGAAACCAACAUCACACUGUGAUCUGAUGGAGUCACCCAAUCUAUCAUAACUAGACUAUCAACAGAUUUUAAACAUGGAAGGAGAAAGCAUUUCUCACAGUGAGGAGAACAGUUACACAUGUUCAGGAUGCAAAAAAGGCUUCAGCCAAUCAACUGGUCUCAAGAACCACAAAUGCAGUCACACUGGGGAGAAACCAUGGAAGUGUGGUUACUGUGAGAAAGGAUUCAGUCACUGCUCUGCACUCGAAAUUCACCAACGUGUUCACACUGGAGAGCGGCCAUUCAUUUGCUCCCUUUGUGGGAGGCGAUUUACUCAGUUAUCCACCCUGCUGAAACACCAGAGAGUUCACAGUGAGGAGAGACCUUUUAAAUGUCCAGACUGUGAUAAGUACUUUAAAAGUUCCAGUGAUCUGAUGUCCCAUCGGCGUGUUCACACUGAGGAGAGACCUUUUAAAUGUCCAGACUGUGGGAAGUGCUACAAAAGUUCCAGUGAGCUGAUGUCCCAUCGGCGUGUCCACACUGAGGAGAGACGGUUUAGGUGCUCUGACUGUGGGGCUGGUUUCAAGUGGUCAUCUCAGCUCACUGUUCACCAGCGCAUUCACACGGGGGAGAGGCCAUUCACCUGCUCUGAAUGUGGAAUUGGAUUCACUCAAUCAUCCCAUCUCAAGUCACAUCAGCAGGUUCACACUGAGGAGAGACCUUUUAAAUGUACAGACUGUGGGAAGUGCUUUAAAAGUUCCCAUUAUUUGCAGUCCCAUAAACGUGUUCAUACUGAUGAGAGACCUUUUAAAUGCUCAGAGUGUGGGAAGUGCUUUAAAGGUUCCAGGGAGUUGAUUGUCCAUCACCGUGUUCACACUGAUGAGAGACCAUUCAGGUGCUCUCACUGUGGGAAUGGAUUCAAGAGAUCAUCUCAACUCACUCUACACCAGCGUCUUCACACUGGGGAGAGAUCAUUCAUCUGCUCUGAGUGUGGGCAGGUAUUCUAUCGGUUCUCCACCCUGUUGAAGCAUCAGCGAGUUCAUUCUGGGGAGAAGCCAUUCACUUGUACUGAGUGUGGGAAAGGAUUUUGUGAGGCUUGCCAUCUCAAAGCACACCAGCGAAUUCACACUGAGGAGAGACCCUUCAAAUGUCCAGAUUGUACGAGGAGUUAUAAAAGCUCCAGGGAGCUGAAGUUACACCAACGUGUUCACACUGAUGACAGACCAUUCAGGUGCUCUCAGUGUGGGACUGGCUUCAAGUGGUCAUCUCGUCUCACCGUACAUCAGCGCACUCAUACCGGAGAGAGACCGUUCACCUGCUCCGACUGUGGGAAGGGAUUCACUCAGAAAAUUCACCUGAUGACACACCAGCGAGUUCACACUGGGGAAAGACCUUUUAAAUGCACACACUGCGGGAAGUGCUAUGUAAGAUCCUGGGACCUGAUACGCCAUCAACAUGUUCACUCCAAUGAGAUGCCUGUUAAAUGUCCAGAAUGACACAAGUGUUUUAAAAAUUCUGGGGAAUUGAUGCUACAGUGCAAUGAGAGACUGCUCAGUGCCCUUACUAUGGGACUGGAUUCCGAUGAUCAUCCCAACUCACUGUUCACCAGCAGAUUCACAUGGGAGAAAGGCCAUUCAUCUGCAUUGAAUGUGGGAAAGGAUUCCCUCAGAAAUCCCACCUCACUGGCACACUGCUGAGAUAGUAGCAAGUUUACGAGUGAUUUCAGGAUAUUUUUCUGUUAAUUACAUUCAGGAUAAAGCAUGUUAAAACAUCUAGCUCAGCUUUAUGUGAGAAUACUAGGGGUAAAGAGAAAUGUUUGGAUGUUACAUUGAACUCAUGUCUGCUGAAGCUAUUUAAUAUCCCUGAAAAUUCCUUUGAAUAAAGAUCAGAAACUAGAUGUCCAUGUAAAUGAGCUAUAAGUAAAAAUAGAUGACUUCGUUUUCCAUACUGUCUGGGAGAUGCUACUCAGCCCGAAUGCUGUGGAGGAUGAAUUUCUGCAGUUUGUACUGAAGCAUUUCUGAAGUAGAACAUUGAAGGAUCAAAAAAGAAACAGAUUGUUUUAGAUUUAGUAUUCUGUAAAGUGAAACUGUAAUUGAUAACUUUACUGUUAAGGGGCCUUUGUUGAAUAGAGACCAUAAUGUGGAUUUUUUAAUCAAGUUUGAAAAUGAUAUAGUUCAUUCUGGAAUUGAGAUCACCAACCUGAAUAAUGUAAACUAUGAAGAUUGGAAUGGCAAGUUGGCUUGAUGGAUUGGAAAAAUACACAAAAUGGUUUGAAAUUACACAGUAACGAGGAUUUGAAAAUUUAUUGCAUGGUUUACAACAAUUAAGCAUUUCCUGAAGACAGUAGGAAAAAAUAAAUCAGCUAUGGCUGACAAAAGAACUGAAAGAUUAUAUUAGAUAAAAGGUAGUGGUUUUGAAGGUCGCAUGAAAAAGUGAUGAACCAGGGGAUUGGGUGUAAUUUUUAAACUAACAAUCGAUUGCCAAGAAGGUAAUGAAAGGGGAAAGAGAAGAUAUAUGGAAGCACACAAGGAGCAUAAAGGUGGACUCUAAAAGUUGCUUAGUUACAUGAAUGCAAAAAAUGCCAAAGCCUCCCAAUUGGCUCCCCAAUAGUUGCAGAAGUGUGCAGCAUCUACAAUGUAUAGUGCAGUAACUCACCAAGGCUCCUCCGACAGAACUUUCUCACAGCCUCUCACCCAGAAAGACCAAAACAAUCAAUAGAUGGGAAUACCACUUAUUGCAACUUUGCUCUCAAGCCAUACUCCAUCAUAACUUGGGCCAAAUUAUCUUCCUUUCAUCAUCACUGGGUCAAGAGUAUGGACCUAACACUACUGUCAAUGACCUGAUACUGCAAGGACUGCAAACAUUCAAGAAGUCAGAUUACCAUCAUCUUUCUGUGGGCAAUUAGGGUUGGGCAAUAAAUGCUGGCAGUGCCAGCAACAUCACAUCCUGUGAAUGAAUCAAAAAAUGAGAGGUGUGAUACUUCACUGAGCAUUUGUAAAGGAUGUUGCAGGGGAAAUGGAUUAAACUGCUGUUUAUGUUAAGGUCUUUCAAAGUAGUUAUACAUACAGAAACUUCUACUCUUUUGUGCAAUAAACAUGUGUUGUUUAUUGAAAGAAAAUUGGUAGCAUCGUGUGAAUAUGUUCAGUAAUUCACCGCCAUCCUCUCCAAAUUUCAAACAUAAAGCUUAUGAUCUACCAAGCCAAAUUUCACUCGGAAAUCCAACCUAUCCAGUAUUACCAUCUAGUGGGGUCAUAACAUUUGGAAAAUAAAGGCAAUUUCAUUGAAACUUACAAGAUCCUUACAGCGUGGAUUUCCUCCUUAGCAGUUGAAUCCAUAAUCAGGUGACAUUUUCUCAGAAAUAAGGUAUACAUUAGGGUGAGGCAAAUCUUUUCACUCAAAGGGUGGUGAAUCUUUGGAAUUUUCAACUAGGGGUUCAUGGAAUCUCAGCCAUUGAGGACAAAUCAACAGUUUUCUGGAGGUGAAUGACAAUAGGAAUACUGCAGGAAAGAAAGACCAGCCAUGAGGUCAAUUGGUGGAGCAGGCUCAGAGGCUGAAUGGUCCAUUCCUGUUCCACAUUGAAGGCUUUCACAAUUUCUUCCAUCUUCAAGUCUAACGACAAUUGAGGAACUGUUAACUUUGUGACUCAAUGAGACCAUCUGAUCAGUUCCCUCCAAUGCUUAUCUUGUCCAUUUGACCAAGCUCUAAGUCCCUCAACCUGAUACCCUGGGUGUCCUUCAAGGAUCAGUGGUAGGCCCUUCAAAUUUCUCAUCCAUUCAAAAUCAGUGUUACUUUAAACACAUACCCCAGGGGGGCAGUAUGGUGGCUCAGUGGUUAGCACUGCUGCCUCACAGCUCCAGGGUCCUAGGUUUGAUUCCAGCCUUGAGUGACUGUGUGGCGUUUGCACAGUCUUCUCCGUCUGCGUGGGUUUCCUCCAGGUGCUCCAGUUUCCUCCCACAGACCAAAGAUGUGCAGGUUAGAUUGGCCAUGCUAAAUUACCCAUAGUGUUAGGUGCAAUAGUCAGAGGGAAAAUGGGUCUGGGUGGGUUACUCUUCAGAGGAUCGGUGUGGACGUGUUGGGCUGAAGGGCCUGUUUCCACACUGUAGGGAAUCUAAUCUAAUCAAAAGAAAAAGAAACAUUUUGCUCCAUUUCACCAUCAUCCAUCUCCAUUCCUCCACUGUUGCAUAAAUAUCAGUUUGAGUGCUGCACAUACAGUAACAGAUGAGCAGAAAUUUCCUCCAAAUAAAAAUUAAGGCCCAAAGCAAUGGUCUUCAGUCUCUGCUACCGAUUCUGGGAAAUGUCUAAGGCUCAACCAGACAAUUUGUUAAAUUUGACCUCAAAAUGAGUUUCUGAUUGCAUUUCAUGUUGCAUAUUAUUUGUCUUCAAGCAUUCAGGAUUAAAGAGUGAUUUUAUCCAGGUGAGGAAAUAUUUUAGGAAUUUUUAUCUACAUUGGUAGAAACUGUUUCCACUGCAGGAUGGUUGGUAACACAACUUUAAGUGGCAAAAGUCCAGGUAAGGAUGAAGGAAGAUGAUUUUACUCAGUGAAUUGGGAUGAUCCAUUUGGGAUCAUCUGCAUAUCCAGUGGAAGCAGAUUCAACAGUAACUUUCAAAAGUGACUGACAUCUCCCCAAAAAGGAAAAGUUCCCGAUGUGAGGAAGAAGGUGGUUGGGAGUGGGACAGAUUGUCAGCAUCUCAGAGACAUUUCACAACGGCCACCUUCUUCAGAUGAAUCAGGAUUUACAGGUGCACAAUCUUUAUCUGAAAUGUUUGGGACCAACUGGUUUUUGGAAUUCAGAAUUUUUUGAAUUUCAGAAUAAGUGACAGUUUGAUGGUGAAAUUUAAAAAAAAUCUUAGCAGACAGCAGGCGCACUGUGAGUGAAACAGGCCCUGAAACAGAAUUGAGGCCUGCCAGUGCUGGGCCAAGGUGCCACAUGUUGUAUCUGAGUGACACAUAUCAAGUGGGUGUGGAGUUGGGUUAACAGUUUGAAUGCCAAACAACCUUGUUAAUGAGAAAAAAAAUCUUCACAAGAAAACCUUCGGAUUUCGGAGCUUUUAGGAUUUUGGGAUUUCGAAUAAAGGGUUGUCUACCUGUAGUUAUUUACAGAAUUCCCG